GAGCACGACACGCGGCUGGAGAUUUUUUUUGCAGCUAGUUUCUUUUCGUUCUGUAGUUAUGGUUGCCCAAGUAGCCGCUAGCAGUAUACUAGAGAUUGUAAAGACGUUUUGUUCUUGCCUUCCGUUCUCAUUUUUCAUUCCACCUUAGCGACCAUAAUUCCGCUGUAACUCCAGCAAUAAGAUCAACAGUGACAAGAUGGCUCAGGUUCCGUUUUCCUCGUCCUUUUUCUCUUAGAGAUGCUGGAGCAUUAUAGCUACCACUCUGUGCAGCGCACUGACAGGAUUUAUGUCGCUUGUUGUACUAUCGGGUUCUUCUUUCAAGGUGGAUCGUCGAUUGCUCGGCAGAGUCCUGACGUGGGCAUAACAACUACCGCACAUCACAACGCCAGCGACUGAAUUGUCGUGCCGCGUACAAUAUGAACUGCAAAAGUAUCGUACUCGUAUAAAUGCAUUACAAAUUUUCUCAGCAUGAGAAAUAAAAUUUGUCAUGCUGAUUUGCCUUGAGAAAAAUAUUUGUAAUGCAAGAGUUGCAUUUUUACGAAUGCGAUACUUUUGCACAGGAUAUACAACCGAACUUGGUAUGGAUCCCAGCCGCUUGAUCCAUGGUUUGGUAACCAAGCAAGAAUUCAUCCCGGAACUGACGCUGAAGCAAAUAUUAUCGCAAGAAAAAUGUGCUACAGUUACACAUUCUGUUGCAGGCCAAGCAAGACAGACACGCUCUGCCAUGCCGGAUAUGCAUAGGAGCCUCGUUUGAUAGGUGUUUUCCCGUAGGAUUUCUGCAUUACAAGUUUUCUCUCUCCUGCAGGGAAAUUUGUGUUGCUGAAUUCACUACAAAUGUGUAACUGUAACACUUUUUUCGUGGGAUAAAUAUGCCGCCAAGUCAAAGUUUCUCUCCUCGAGGAGAACACGGUGGUACCCGUUUGGGUAUAGAAUUUGAAUUGCUUCUGUUCGCUGCAAUUAUCGCAUGACAAAUUUUUCUCUCGACCUGGUGGUCAGCAUGAGAAACCAUGACUAUUCACGAAAAAAAAAAUCGCAAUAAAACAGUGCCACAAGGCCCACGUGGUGAUCGCCGGCGACAUCCACGGGCAGUUAUCUUCAAGAAAAAAUACCCCCUCCCCAUAUCAAAACGGAAAUCUGUGACGCAGAUUUGUGGCCAGAAAUCAGCUCUGUCAUGUCAGAAGGCAAAAGAUGCUGACUGUGUGCUGGCCGGCGUGGGAAAGCCUUGCAUAUUCAGCAUGAUAGGUGGCAACUGGAAGUGGGAAACAGCAUGACAAAUUGCCUGCAAUUCAGGCCAUGCCUGCGUCCCUUGCCUUCUAGCAAUACAAGCCGAUUUGUGUACUCAAAUACAGCAUCACAAAUUUCGCUUUCGAUAUGGGGAGGGGGCGUUUUUCCUUUUGAUAGCAGUUUUACGACCUCUUAGAGCUGUUCAAACGUGCGGGCGAAGACAUCGACAACAUACACAAGAAUUUGAACAACCAGUAUGUUUUCCUGGGUGACUACGUGGAUAGAGGGUACAACAGCGUCGAGACCUUCCAAUUAUUGAUCCUUUUGAAGUUGAAGUACCGGAGUCAAAUCACUUUACUUCGUGGGAACCACGAGUUAUGGAUGUGUCAGGAUUGAAAUCGACAAAGUUGAAAUAACUUGUAAUGCAUAAAAUGGAUGAAAGUUGUAACCCAGUUGCCAAGUGGCGCAUGACAAAUUUGGGUAGAGCCGAAAUCCAGUUUGUCAUGCUGUUUGGGUAAGGAAGACGCCUUUUGUCAUGCUACUUUAGCAGGUCAGUGUCUGCCCCUAACAGGCUUACAAUCUGCCUCACUUGCCUACUCCGCAAGACAGGCACUUUGUGGGCUGCAUUUUCUGCAUGGCAAACUAUUUCAACUUUGUCGAUUUCGAUCCUGAGACCCCCAUACGAGUCCAGGCAGAUCACGCAAGUCUACGGCUUUUUCGACGAAUGUGUGCGGAAAUAUGGAAACGCGAAUAUCAAAAGGAAAAAUCCCCCCUCCCCGUAUCAAAACGAAGUUUCUGAUGCUGGAUUUACGUACACAAAUCAGAUUUGUGUUGCUGGAGACGACUGCAGGCCCUUAUCGAGCCUGGGGAGAGAGGUUUUUGCCUAGGCGCUUAGCAUGAAAAACGUCCGCACUGUAGGCCCAACAGCAUGACAAACUGCCUGCAUAAUGCGGCGGAGCCUGUGGAGUUGCCUUCUUGCAACACAGACGCGAUUUGAAGUCACAAAUCAGCAACACAAAUUUUCGAAAACGCACCUCGUCAAUAUAGGGAGGGGGGAUUAUUCAUUUUGAUAGCGAACGUCUGGCGCUACUGCGUGGAACUCUUCGACUAUCUCUGUAUCGCGGCGACCGUUGAGGAUAAAAUUUUCUGCGUCCACGGGGGGUUAGCGCCGGACUUGAAGUUGAUUGACCAAAUCCGGACGAUACAAAGGGUGUGCGAAAUCCCGCACGAGGGCGCAUUUGGGGAUUUAGUGUGGUAUAAAGUUUUGACAUAGAAAGAUCGAUGAAGGUUUCAUGGAUAACUAAGUAGCUCAUCGUUGUGUCGUGCUGACCAUGAGAAGAGUAUGAGCUUCGCAUAGCUGCUGUCGCAUUACAAACUUCAUUAUGCAAAAAUAAAAGGUCUGACCCCGACGCUGGUGUGACUGGAUGGCAGCGCAACCCUCGGUAUGGAUUGCAAAUAUGUCUGGGUCUGGAAACUUGUAUGUAAUGCUGAAUGUAUAAUGAUUGACUAUGCCUUUAAGUGCAGCACAGCAUGACAAACUUUUCAAACGGUCUGUCAUGCGCAGGACGCAGUACAAACUGCGUUUUUGCAUGACGACAGUGUGGCGCUUCUUUUGCUGCUUAUGCAAUGCAGUUUUCUUUUGGAGUGCGAAACACGCAGUACAGGUUCAAUCUUUCCAGACCCAGACAUAUUUGCAAUGCAUACUCGGGGCGCCGGCUGGGUCUUCGGCGCGGAGCCCGCCCGAGAUUGGAACCACUUAUUAAAUGCAAAAAUGUCUGGGUCUGGAAGAAUGCAAGACUUGCCAUGCAUAUUUCUCAUGACCCAUGAUGCCUGUAAUGCAUGCCCUGGCAUCACAGGUUUUUUGAGGGAUUCUUGAUGCCCAUUCCGCAUGACAAAUGCCCUCUCCGCACAGCAAAAAUUACACUCUGUUUGCUGCUCAUGCAACACAAAUUUUGUAGACAUCGAAACGCAGCAUCACAAGUUGCAUUCUUCCAGACCCAGACAUUUUUACAUUUGAUACCACUUGAACGGUGUGGAUAUCAUCGCGCGGGCACACCAGUUGGUUCAGGAGGGCUUCCGUUACAUGUUCGAACGGAAUGUUUUUUCAUCUUCAAAUGGCGGAACUACUAUCGCGCAUCAACCUGGACGAGACCACUUCCCGGAUAAUUUUGGGUUUAUCGCAGACAGCCGGCAUCAGCAGAGUAGCAGCGGCGCUGCUUCUUCGAUGUUCACUUUCGGUAUGGACGAAACAGCAGUGGUAGAGUACCAUAACAUGCAUUCGUCUGAGGAACAACUACAGGGUGAAGCAGACAAUGAUUUCGGGUUUGGCAAUAGUGCAAGUACUAGUCCCCAGCGACGCUACCUCUACAAUGAACACGUCGAAGACGGGGCAGCUGCGUCAUCUGGCGGGUCUUUGUUUUCCACAACGGGAGGAUCGUCCACGCAUAGCGACGACCCAUUCUCCUUUGACAACGACGUAAAUCAAUUCGGAACUGGCCGGAAAUCAGCAAAUUUCGAGGACAGCGAUCCGUUUCUGUUGCAGACAGGCUUUGGAAGUGGUGGCUCGCGUGAUCCAUCAAAUAGGUUCGGCAUAACUUCGGAAAAUAGCAGCUCCCCCCGACGACCCGGGAAAAGAAAGAACCACCAGAUAAACUCGUCGCAUCAUCAAAACUUCGAUGUGAUAUCAAAUGCCAAUAGCUCGUCUGGGUCGGGAAACUUGUGAUGCUAGUUGGUGAAUCAUGAGGGGCACAGUGCGAUACGCAGCUGCGCAUGACAAGUUUUUGAGCUCCUAAGAUUUGUUUCGCUUUCUGCAUGGCAAUCUGCAUUUUUGCAUGACAGGCAAGAGGCUUCUUUCCUGAUCCUGCAAUACAGAUUUAAGGGGCAUGUGAGACACCACGCAUGACAAACUUGCACUCUUCCAGACCUAGAGCGAUAUUUGCAAUGCAUAUGUGACCAAGGAUUACGACUUGGUAACGGUUUGGUCCGCGCCGAAUUACUGUUUAUCAAGUGCAAAAAUGUCUGGGUCUGGAAGAACACAAACUUGUGAUGCGCAUUUCAGAACACAGAAAAAUCUCUCAUGCGUAGGCUGCACAAGCUGCCCACUUUCUGUCACCAAAGUGGGGGAUUUGUCAUGCGGAUUCGGCAUUGCGAACGCUUUUCGAAACCUGUGAUGCUAGAGCUUCCAUGCCAGACCUUCUGUGUCAUGCAAAAACAGCAUGACCAUUCCAGACCCAGACACUUUUGCAUUUGAUACUGUUACAGGUGCGGCAAUGUUGCGUCGAUUCUGAUGAUAAACGAAAAGAGGGAAAGGAGGUUUGAAAUCUUUCUCGAGGUCGAGCAAAGCGCAAAAGCAACACCGCCCCGAAACUUGGUGCCGUAUUUCAUUUGAAUGAAGUUCGUGCUGGUAGUAGAGAUUUUCUUUUCACUAUCGCUUUUCAUUCUUCUAGGCGCCUUUUGAUACAGUAUGAAGGUGGUCACCGAAAGUAGCUGCAUAGGGAUCAAAGACGACAAUUGCGACGCGCUCCAUGCAAAGUUUUUAGACAGUGGCCGAGCGAUAACGAUGUUCAUG